AUGUUCAAGAAACGCGAGAAGGAAGCAAGCAGACAGCUUAUUGAUCUCGUCAACAACCGUAACAACUUGAACAGAUGUAGCGAGUGCGGCGCCGAGUACCCGACAUGGGCGUCGUGGAACUUGGGCAUCUUGCUCUGUGGGAGGUGCGCCAAUGUCCAUAAGAAGGUGCUUUCUGUGGAUGGGCCGCUGGGGAGGCCCAUCUCGAGGGUCAAGUCGCUCACGUUGGAGCAGUGGACAGAUGAGCAGAUCGACCACUUGAGGCGCAUCGGCAACAGGAAGGCUAGGAACAAGUGGAAUCCAAAGAGAGUGCCUUUUCCCCACGCUGAUGACGAUGAGGAAGGACCUGUGGAGGGUUACUUGAGGGAUAAGUACAUCUAUGGCCGCUUCAGAGACGACAACAUUGAGAAUGGAGAUUACGAUGAUCGCUCGGCCCGCUACUCUGAUGGCUCGGGCCAUCUGACUCCCUUGGGCAGAAGGUCUAGACUGUCGACCAUCAACAGCAGAAGAUCGGCCUCCACCAGGCCGAUUCCUCGUUUGUCCCACAGAAAACUCACCAGCUACGAGCAGUCGCUAUACCCGGGCCAGUUGCGCCAGCUCUUGACGUUUGGCUACUCAGAUAGAGACCUGGCCUUGGAGAGCUUGAUCUUGGCCAAUGGCGAUAUCGAGACAGCGCUAGAUAUCUUGGAAAACGACUCUAAAGUGAACCCUACACAAUCUGAGAUUCCUCCUGACUUGCCUAGAAGACCGCGUCCUUCUACUGCCAUUAGCAGUGUUGGCACGUCCAAUGGCACGAGCACUGCUCCUUCGAGCCAGCCUGCCAGCAGCACAGGAACAGCUGAAUGGUGGAACAACCAGCCUGUGCUGGCUCCAUUGCUGACACAACAAACCAUGCAGCCACAGCAGCCCCAGAUAUAUCAGUAUACGGACCCCGUCACGGGCCAGCUUUCAUACAUUGACGAAGCCGGCAACCAGUACUUGGACCCUAACAACCCACAGCACCAACAAUUACUUAUGCAACAAACGAACCCUCGACUUGCAGCCCAACAGACUGCGAAGCAGAAUAUCAUGUCGCUAUACAGCAACCCAACGGGACAACAGACACAACAAGGACAAUUACAGACACAACAACUGCAGGCCACUGGCUUCCAAGGCCAGCCAAACCAAUUUGGUCAGGCUUCAGGGUUCCAGCAGCAGGGCCCUCCAGUGAUGUACGGACAAUCUCAGGCUGCUAUGUACCAGCAGCCUACUUAUCAGCAAGGUCAGCCACAGUACUUUGGCUGA